CAAUGAAACGUGCAUGAACGCAUUUUCCACAUCGCAAAAGUAAAAAGAAACACUUCGAUAGUUGUUUGCGGCUCCGCAGAUUUGCUGCAAUAUUUUAAAUAGAAACCAAAUUUGCGUUCCUAGCAGUGUAAAUAUUUACAAUCGGUUUUGUUUUUAUCCGGAUUUUCGAGGGUCAUUGCCCCCGAACGAUUCGAUCGUUCCAAAAUGUUCAAAAUUAUCAAAUCUGGCCGACAGGAACUACAUUACGUAGAUUACACAUCGAAAGAAAAUAAUUGCGCUACGCCUCCACUGUUGAUAACUUCCUACACCAAUAACGGUGCCAAGCGUCGGUUUGUUAAAGUGAACGAAGAAAUGUUCGUGAAGGAAAUCAAGAAGCGACCGAUCCUGUACAACACCACCUUGAAGGACUACAAACGCUUCAGCACCCGGCACGAAGCCUGGGCCGAAGUUGCCGUGGCGAUGAAUUUGUCCGAGCAGGAGUGCAAGAAACGUUGGCGAAGUUUGAGGGAUGCCUUCAUGAAGGUGGUGCGCAACAAAAAUGAGGAAGAACGAAAAACUUGGAUCCACUAUCGGCUGCUGGAAUUUUUGCUUCCGUAUAUAGGCAAUAGAAUGAAAAAAUCAAAAGCUGUGGAAUUCCUAGAGGAUUUUGAAAACGACGAAGAAACGGAGUUCAUCGAGCUUGAGGAAGACAUUGAAUUGUACGAUGGAUCGCGAGAACCUAUAACUGUUUCAUAUGUUACCGAGGACGGAAAGGAAGUGUUUCAGAUGCUUCAAGAUCCCGAUACCAUACCGGAGGGUGCUGUAAUCGGUAUUGAAGAAACAGAAGAGGAGGAUGAAGGUGAAGAAGAGGCAGAACAGGGUGUUAUUCAGGAUAUUCAUCAUCCGAUUGAAUAUGAUGACCAAGAAAUCGAGACUCCUCAAGAACAGCAUCAUUCGGAGAGCAUUCUUUACGAGGAAAGGUUGGACACAUUUGAAACAUGUGAAAAACCACUGAUCCAAGAAGAAGUUAUCAAGCAAGAAGCACAUUCCGAGCCGGAUGUUGAUGAGAUACAUGUAGAGGAGAUCGAAAUGGAUUUACUGAUGUCAGAAGAUGCCGAAGGAGAACACAAUUGUCCUGAACCAGAACCACAAUCUAUUGUAAAUAUGGAUCCACAUUUUUCUGAAGAUUCGUCGUUUCCAGAAAUGAAAGUAUCGACAGUCGUACAGGGAACUGAUACCCCAACACAAUCGAAUGUUUCCUCGCAAACAUCCCCACCAGUUGCACAAAUUCAAAGUCAUCCCGCAUUGCAAGAUGAAAGCAAGGUGCUACCAACUCCUGCACAAGAAUCACAAGAUAAAUAUGAUGGGGCGGAUGCUGAUGAACGAUUUCUCCUAUCUUGUGCGCCAAUUCUACGGCGAUUAUCAAGCAAAAAGAAUCAAUUAGCUCGGCUUAAGUUUCAGCAAUUGCUGUACGAACUAGAAUAUGACGAGAAAUACAAUAGCUAGUGAAGGAUUUUUCGACCCAAUCGUUUCAAUGCAAGCUCUCUUAGUCAGUGUAAAUAUUUAUUUUGUAAAACUAAUUAAGAUAUUCAAAUAUUCGCACACUAGCACAAUAAAAUACUCGCUGAAAUGAUUACGAUAUCACUUGCGACUGCAGCUGCUGCAUUCGCGUGGUUAGCGAAUGUUAAUACAAACUUCAA